AUGGCAGACAGGCAGAGUGUGACACACCAGGAAAAAGGCAGCAGGUUAGGAGAGGGUGAAUAUGGGAACAAGCGAGAUGGCAACCAAGAUAGAAUUAUUGACACACCAUCUGUGAAGGACAAAGAGCAGGAGGAUUCAGCAGCAGUCAGAGGACAGACACCUCCUGACUUCAGCAGUAUCUACAGCAAAGACCUGCUCCCAGCUUCACGUGGCGAGGAGAUGACCAGAAGGUUUCUGCAAGAGCUGGUCAACAUCUUGUUGAGUUACAUCAGCAAGUCAAAUCAGAGGAGCUCUAAGGUCCUGGACUUCCACCAUCCUCACCAGCUGAAGGAGGGACUUGAGGGCUUCAGUCUGGAUCUGCCGGAACAACCAGAGACUCUGGAGCAGAUAUUAGUGGACUGUAGAGACACACUCAAGUAUGGUGUCAGUACAGGCCAUCCCCGUUUCUUCAACCAGCUGUCUUCAGGUCUGGAUGUGAUUGGCAUUGCUGGCGAGUGGUUGACCUCUACAGCCAACACUAACAUGUUUACAUAUGAAGUGUCUCCUGUUUUCAUCCUCAUGGAGAACGUUCUGCUGAGGAAGAUGCAAAGCAUUGUGGGAUGGUCUGACGAUGAGGGAGACGGGAUCUUCUGUCCAGGAGGCACAAUAUCCAACCUGUACAGCAUCCUGGUGGCCAGAUAUCACUUCUACCCAGAGGUGAAGACCAGAGGGAUGAAAGCCCUGCCUCAGCUGGUCCUCUUUACUUCAGAACAUAGUCACUAUUCAGUAAAGAAAUCUGCAGCUGUGCUGGGGAUGGGCAGUGAGAAUGUGGUCAUGGUGAAAUGUGAUGAAAGAGGGAAAAUGAUUCCUGCUGAACUCGAAUCUUCCAUUGUUACAAUUGAAGAAAAGGGUUUGGUUCCCUUCUAUGUGAAUGCCACAGCAGGCACCACAGUGUAUGGAGCCUUCGAUCCUUUCAGUGCCAUCGCAGACAUCUGCCAUAGACACAGACUUUGGAUGCAUGUUGAUGCAGCGUGGGGUGGAGGCCUGCUGAUGUCAGACAGACACAGGAUGAAACUACAGGGCAUUGAAGGAGCCUGCUCGGUAACAUGGAAUCCUCACAAGAUGAUGGGCGUCCCUCUGCAGUGCUCUGUCAUACUGAUCAAGAAGAGAGGUCUCCUACAGGAGUGUAAUGAGUUGGGGGCUGAGUACCUUUUCCAGACAGACAAAACCUACGAUGUGAGCUAUGAUACUGGGGAUAAGAGCAUCCAGUGUGGCCGACAUGUUGAUGCCUUUAAACUUUGGCUCAUGUGGAAGGCAAAGGGCUCAGAGGGCUUUGGAAAUCAGGUCAACAAAUGCUUAGAGAAUGCUGAGUAUCUGUAUGAUCAACUGCAGAGGAGGAAAGACUUCGAACUGGUGUUCAAAAACAAACCAGAGCACAGCAACGUAUGUUUCUGGUACAUCCCUCCCAGUCUGAGAGGCCUUCCACCUGGACCUGACAGAGACACCAGACUCCAUCAGGUGGCUCCUCGGAUCAAAGGCAGGAUGAUGGAGAAGGGCUCUGUACUGAUUGGCUAUCAGCCUUUGGGAGACAAAGUGAAUUUCUUCAGGUGUGUGUUCUCCAAUCCUGCCACAGAGCAAGAGGACGUCGACUUUCUGCUGGACGAGAUUGCCCGGCUAGGCCAUGACCUAUGACCUCUGAUAGUGUGUGGUCUCGUCUCAUCCUAGUUCAUGUCAUUUCGAAGGAAAGGAGUGCAUCUGCCUAUGAGACUGUUUUUGUACUGUGUCAUCUAGCAUUAGUGCACAGGUUUUGUACAAUUACCUCCAGCUAUACUCUACAGCCAAGGGAAUCACAGUGGGGUGUAAAGUUAGACGGAGUGAUUUUUUUUAAUAUCUAAGCAAGUAGUUUUAUAACUACAUUAAAAUAGGCAGAAUACAUCAGUUAAGAGAAUGAACUUUGAUUAACCCCCCCUAAUCAGGGCUAAUCAAGAGAAGUGACAGCUGACGCUGAAGCAUCAAUGUGGUUUGUAACAUUCAUGUCUGUCCGCAGGAAAGGGAAAUCAAGGUACCAAGAAAGAUAAGAAAUAAAGCAAAGUGAAGGAAAACAGCAGCUAAAUAAUUUCCUCAAAAGAAAGGUGAGCACAAUCCCAACUAUUACAGUUACAGAAUGGUUUAAGCUAAUAUCAGCAGUUUAGAUUAAAGGCAGUCAGUGAAGAAUUGAGCUUGUCAUUGAGCAGUGUCAUAAAUUAAACUUUUAAUUAUUUUGCUUUUAGGCCUACAUGCCUUUGGAUUACUUACACUGGGGGCUUGGGCACAAAGUUAGAUUAAACGUAGGCUACAGAAAUAUGACUCCAGUGACAAGUGAAGUCUUUUUCAGUUGUCUUUUAUUAUGCAGAAUAGUAAGCA